AUGGCUAUUGUAGCAGUAGCCAGCGGAACUGGUGGUAUUGGCCGUGCCAUAGUUGAAGCCAUUGUCAGACGUGGCAAACACAACGUCAAGAUCCUCAGUCGAAAGGCGAAUGACUCCCUGGCGGAUGAGAUUGGGGCUCCAAUCAUCCCCGUCGAUUAUUCGGCCGUUGGCAGCCUGACUCAGGUACUUGAGGACAAUGAGAUUGAUACUGUGAUCUCGUCAAUUUUUACGAUGCCUGUGUCCGGCAUUGCUCCCGAGGUUACUUUGAUACGGGCUUCUCAACCAUCAAGAACCACCCAUCGAUUCAUUCCAAGCAAUUGGGGCGUCCCACUGGACAAAAGUCGUGAGGAUUUGGCUCCAUCGAUACCUAUGAAGCUCCUAGCUCUCGAUGAGCUGAAGAAGACUGAUUUAGAGUACACUGUUUUCUACGUUGGUUUCCUGCUGGAUUACUAUGCUGGACCCUCGAUCAAGUCGUACGUGUCGCCUCUGAUCGUUGUUAUUGACAUGGAAUGUAACAUGGCUGCAAUACCGGGGUCGGGAAACAUGCCUAUCGCAUUUACACACUCGCUCGAUGUUGGAAAGUAUGUUGAUGCAAGCCUGGACCUGAAGAAAUGGGACGCAUCAUACCGGAUUAUUGGUGACAAGGCCACUUGGAAUGAAUUUGUGAAACUGGCCGAAACCAUGAAGGAAAGUCAGUCUGUGUUCUUGUCUACUUUUGGGUUGCUCUUUGAGGAUGGGACCUUUGAUCUAGAGGAGAAGGGAGCCUUGAACAACUUGUUCCCUGAGAUAGGGGCUUUGAAGAUUAAACGGGCUGUGCAGGCUGCUAUGAAUAGAGUGUAA